AGACACCCGGCCUGAACGAAUAAGGCCAAGGCGAGCCACCAACCAGAUAAUCCAUGGCGCUCUCGAGCACGGAGGAGAAGAAGACGGCGGCGGAGAUCGUCGCCGCGCUGGAUCUGCAGCGCCACCCCGACGGCGGCUUCUACCUGGAGACCUUUCGCGACCCCUCCAUCUUUCUCCCCACCUCCGUGCUCCCGCUCCGCUAUAAGGUGGACCGAGCUGUGAGCAGCGCCAUCUAUUUCCUACUGCCUGCUGGGGAGAUUGCUCGAUUGCACCGCAUCCCUUGUGCUGAAACCUGGCACUACUACCUAGGAGAACCUCUCACGGUAUUUGAGGUGCAUGAUGAUGGACAAAUCAAGAUAACAGUGGUUGGUCCUGAUCUACGGCAAGGCCAGAGACCACAGUACACUGUUCCUCCAAACGUAUGGUUCGGGGCCUUCUUGACCUGCGACAUUGAGUCCUUUACUGAAGAUGGAAGUGUCUUUGUCAAGGCUCCUGGAAGAGACCCUGCGGUGCAUUAUUCCUUUGUUGGUGUAACCUGCGCUCCAGCAUUCCAGUUUGAGGACAAUGAACUGGCUGCACGUGAGGACAUGAAAGCUUUGGCUCCAAAGGCUGAAGCUUUCAUCAAUUAUCUUGUACCGUCUUAAACUGCAUUGUCAGUGUAAGUAGCUUGUUCUUAAUGAGGAACGUCUUGUACCAACUUGUUCUAGUGUAGUAGCUAUUGAAAAUCGCUGUAUCAUAUCAAAACGGAUUAUGACUCAGUGGAAUCAAUUCUGUAUGGAUUAUGGAAGAAGUUGAUGUUGCUGCUAUGCUCGCACUAGCGCUGAA